GCUUAAGCGCGGUGCGCGCGCGGGCGGUGCCCUGCAGCACGGCGUCUCGGGUGCCGGAGCGGGAGCCGGCCGAGGGCGCACGGGCAGGCGCGGCGCGGGGCCGCCCCCUCAAGCAUGCUCAAGCGCUGCGGCCGGCGCCUGCUGCUGGCGCUGGCCGGAGCGCUGCUCGCCUGCCUGCUGGUGCUCACGGCCGACCCGCCACCGCCCCCGGCGCCCGCGGAGCGGGGCCGACGCGCGCUGCGCAGCCUGGUGAGUCCCGCGGGGGCGGCGCCCGGCGCGCUGGCCCGCGAGGUGCACAGUCUGUCCGCCUACUUCAGCCUGCUGGCCCGCGCGCGCAGAGACGUGGGACCCGCGCCCGGGCGCGCCCCGCGAGCCCCUGCCGAGGCGUUGGCGCCCCGCGACGUCUUCAUCGCCGUCAAGACCACCAGAAAGUUUCACCGCGCGCGCCUCGACUUGCUGCUCCAGACCUGGAUCUCGCGCCACAAGGAGACGGUAUUCAUUUUCACGGACGGGGAGGACGAAGUCCUGGCCAGGCACACGGCCAACGUGAUCAACACCAACUGCUCGGCGGCACACAGCCGCCAGGCUCUGUCCUGCAAGAUGGCGGUGGAGUAUGACCGCUUCGUGGAGUCCGGGAGGAAGUGGUUCUGUCAUGUGGAUGAUGACAAUUACGUCAACGUGCGGGCCCUGCUACGGCUGCUGGCCAGCUACCCACACAUGCAGGACGUGUACAUCGGCAAGCCCAGCCUGGACCGGCCCCUCCAGGCCACCGAGCGACUGGGCGAGGACCAGCGUCCUGUCCACUUCUGGUUUGCCACUGGAGGUGCUGGCUUCUGCAUCAGCCGUGGGCUGGCCCUGAAGAUGAGCCCGUGGGCCAGCGGUGGCCACUUCCUGAGCACGGCAGAGCGUAUCCGGCUGCCCGAUGACUGCACCAUCGGCUACAUAGUGGAGGCCCUGCUGGGCGUGCCCCUCAUCCGCAGCCACCUCUUCCACUCCCACCUGGAGAACCUGCAGCAGGUGCCCGCCUCUGAGCUACACGAACAGGUGACGCUGAGCUACGGUAUGUUUGAGAACAAGCGGAAUGCCAUCCACCUGAAGGGGCCCUUCUCCGUGGAGGCUGACCCAUCCAGGUUUCGCUCCGUCCACUGCCACCUGUACCCGGACACGCCCUGGUGUCCCCCGACCGCCGUCUUCUAGCCGCUGUGGCCCAGAUCCCGUCCCUGGGCACCCCUGGUAUCCAAAGGGCCUAGGGGCUGCUCUGUGUGUGCAGACUGCCGGCAGCUUGCCCUCGGGCAGCAGUUGAAGGCGUCCCCAGCUACAUCUAGGCCCGCACGUGUGAGGUCGGGCCACAGUCUGUGCAGGUUGUGGGGGCUCAAGGGACUCCCACAAUGCUGAGCCAUGCUUGGUGCAGGGGGAACUGGUUUUGGGGGUGAGGGGCUGAGACCCCUUCCUGGGCUCUGAGGCUCGGAAGAAGAGCAGCGAACAGAACGCCAGGCCCCCGGGGCCUGUGGUGCCCCCAGCCCCUCUUCGCCUCCCCACGAACGGGCGAGGCGGAGCUGACUUGGUCUCUCCGUAGUGGAGAGCUUCGCCCACAGUGGGCGUGUCUGGUACUGUGGCAGUGUUUUUGACUGCUCUGGGUUUGGGAAGGGUGGGGGAGAAAGGGGGUGUUU